ACAGAAUGAAGCGAGACGUCAACCUUUGUAUGACGCUGCUCAGUGAUUGCUGGGGUGAAGGAGUGCAGGACUGCAGGUGGUGUGUGUGGUUGGUGAGAGGUGGAUUAUGUAAGGCCAUCCAGGUCACCUGCCUGGUAACUCAGCCAUUCCAUUCUGGUGGAGCCUUGUGAGAGAAGAGAUGCAUGGGCACCUCUAACACCAGCUGUUCCUGUUACGUAGCUGUAAAUAUAGACUCUACGAGCUAAUUAACUGUUAUGGGUCGCAUCCUGAGGAAGGAUCAAAAUAGGACCCCAACCAUAACAAGCCUGAGUGAUUGGCUUCCAUGGGUUAUCGUGAGGUUAUCCUGAGGUUGCUAAUCCGAAUUAAGUCUUCAUCUUCAUUCAGUAGUUGCAGUCGCAGCCUGCAGGCAACAUCAUGACUAGGAAAGCCAACUUACCAGUCCGUCUCUGGAUAUAAAAAAAACGGCUUCCGGCUGUUUACUCAGAGCACUGGGAUCAACACGGGUAAGCCAGCGGUGGUCCGUCGUAGGACCAUCGGCUACCCCUACCUUCAUUUGUUCUUAUGACGAAAACUUGUGUCAGGUGUUUACCUGACGAAUAAAAAUAGCCGUAAAAACGAUUACUUUUAGUGCCAGAAAAUUAUCUGUGGAUCAAUGGAAAGUAGAGUGUUUAUGGUAGAUGAACAGCAUGGCAGGUUCCUGUGAGUCUCCCACAGACUUGACUUGCGUCUUGAAGAAAGUGAGAGCUGCUCUAGAGGGCAGGAAGCACCAGUCACUUCAGUGCCACACACUGGAGGUUGGUGAAGAUGGUGAUGGAGGCCAGAGAGACGCUGGAGGGAACCUGGAUGACGUGAAGGAGGCAUUUGGUGCGUGCCAAACAAUAGAAUGGAAGGAGCAAGAGUAUCGCUAUUUGAGGUCCAAAGUGAUCGGUCACAGGAGACGCGAUAUAGUCAACGGCUCCACCUCCCGGGAUCUUGGUGGCUCUACUAUUCCUGCCGUUCACAAGAUACUUUUAAGGUCAUUGUCAACACCCGACGCUCCGCAGAUGGAAACUCGUAACUACAAGACUUUCCUACGACACCGUCGAGCAUCGCUAGCGCUGGAGUGUCGCCCUCCAGGGUCCUGUAAUUGUGCGGCGAGAGACGGCAAGACUUGGAGACGGAGUGAAAUAACAGCGAAGGAAAAAGUGCCGGUGGAGAGCGAGCCUGACGACUUGUAUGAGUCCCCUAGUUUAGCUUGUGCCAAAAUUGUUUCUUACGUCAAAUCUAACGCCUGGGCCUCUCGGGAGAGUCUCUUGUCGGCAGCGUCGAGAAGUAUAGGCUCCAGCGAGGAGGAUAAUACUAGUGUAAUAUUAAACCCCAGUCUGGUGAUUGACGCCAGUGACAACGCCGCCUUAGGAAAGAGUGGUGUUCCCAGGUCAGUCUCUGAGGAAACUUUGAUAUACAGGUACGAUAAUCCUGCCGAGGCGAGGAGUGGUGGUGGUGAAGGUGAAGUUCCUACACCAUCCUCCAACAUUAUCGUUGGUGAGGUCCCUGUACCGGCCUCUACUACAAGCCUUCAUGAGGUCCUUGUGGUAGCCUCCACCACUAGUGUUGGUGAGGUAUUUGUACCAGCCUCCACCACUAGUGAGGGUGUGGCCCCUGUACCAACCACCAUCACUAGUGAGGGUGGGGCCCCUGUGCCAGCCUCCACCACUAGUGAGGGUGGGGCCCCAGUACCAGCCUCCACCACUAGUGAGGGUGGGGCCCCUGUACCAGCCUCCACCACUAGUGAGGGUGAGGUCCCUGUGGUAGCCUCCACUACUAGUGUUGGUGAGGUCCCUGCACUGGCCUCCACUACAAGUCUUCAUGAGGUCCCUGCAGCAGUCUCCACCACUAGUGAAGGUGGGGUCUCUGCAUCCUUCUCCUGCAUCAGUGAGGGUGGGACCCCAGUACUAGCCUCCACGACUAGUGAGAGUGGGGCCCCUGUACCAGCCUCCACCACUAGUGAGGGUGGGGCCCCUCAGGCAGCAUCAGACAUCUCCCACAGUUACAUAGCGACCUCAGCCUCCCUCACUGAUGACCCGGGGGGAACCACGACCCUUGCGGCAUCCGUCGCCAGCAUUCUUGACUCCAUCCCGCACAUCGACUCAGACUCCGACGAAGACAACGAAAACGACGGCGCGAACAGCGAACCAGACGUUGAUUGUGAAGCAGCUGUAAUCUGUGUUACAGCUGCCGAGAUCACUCACUGUUACCCCCCUGAGCUGCCUCCGCUGUGUGAACCUGAAGAGGACCUGUGUAGCAGUGGGGAGGACUGGCACCUAGUGCAGACGCAGGAACCUGCCCUCCUUCCCCACACUGAACACGUACAUAAUGAAGGGGCGUUCGUGGGCGUGGGGGCACCGAGCCUCUGUCCCAAGUACUCAGCCGCGUGUGUGGGCGUGGAUUCCCCGAGCCCCUUUCCUGGCCAUACUUAUGAACAGUUUAAAAUCCACGUCCAAAGCCAACCUAUACAGGUCCAAAGCCAGUCUUCUAUCUACGUCCAGAGCCAUCCUUCUAUCUACGACCAAAGUCAUCCUUCUGUCCACGUCCAGAGUCAAUCUAUCCACGUCCGAAGUCAGUCGCCUAGCCACUCUCAGGAACAGUCAUAUAACCACGCCUACAGUCAGUGUUCUAGCCACGCCCUCGGCCACGCCCGAGUGGAGGAAAUGGGCGAGGGGUGGAGAGGCGAGGCACCAGGAAAAGCAGCAGCCGCAUUGACAGGUGGCUACAGUAAUGAUGGAUCAGCUGUCGUGGAAGUGUUCAUGGGCGUGUGUGGUGAGGCAUGGGCGUGGCUAGCCAGGUGUUGUGACCCCGCCCAUCCCUACGCCCUGCCCCUCCCGCCCACACCACCCCGCCCAUCUCACCACCACCCACUCCUCGUCCUCCUCCCUCUCCAGGUGCUCCACCUCUCCCCUCACUUACUACACGCCCUCAAGAAGCUGUCGUGGGUUAGAGUGUGGGUGGUGAUGCCUUCUUUACCACCGCUGUCACCAACACCACCGUCAGCCACAAUAACAGCACCGCCAGUCACCACAACAGCACCACCAACAGCAGUGCCAGCCACAACAACAGCACUACCAACAGUAGUCCCAGUCACAACAACGGCAGCACCAGCAGCAACAGUCCCAGCCACAACAACAGCACUACCAACAGCAGUCCCAGUCACAACAACGGCAGCACCAGCAGCAACAGUCCCAGCUACAACAGCAGUACCAACCACCACGACAGCACCACCAACAGCAGUGCCAGCCACAGCAACAGUAGCACUAACAACACACGUCCAGGAGCUACUCUCCCACAACGCGCUACAGUUGGAAGUAGUAAGCGAGGAGGAGUUGCAUAGGAGAGUACCACGGGACCAGUUGUCAUCACAGUUUGGUGGAACGUUGGUCUUCAAUCACCACGCAUGGUUCGCCUUCUGCAAGAUGCGGGAGACUUUGUUGGAUGUGGUGCGUGCAUGUGCCACCACGCUGGAGAGAUGUAUUCUCCAACACCAACCUUCCUCACCACCGCCAUCACCACCACCACUACCCUCACACUACUCCAAUGGGUUAUCUAGUUCCUCUUCCUCCUACUCGCCAGCCUCUCACUGCCUUGCCCCUGCCUCGUCAGGGGACGUCGAGGCAGCGUGCCAGUAUACACACAAUGCCAGAGCUUACUUGCGGGAGAUGGAAAAAUGGUACCAAAGACUUCAUGAACAUAUUCUAGUUAAGUCGUGGUUGACACAGUGUCAACACCUGGUUGACACGGUGGACUCCCUGACGAGGCUACUACUGACUCAGGAGCACACACAGUCCUCCCGUCACUGUCACCUGUACCACGAGGCUAAUACGGUGGUAGCAUGGUUGCUGGGUCGUGGAGAGGAGACGCUGGCCCGUCACCAGACUCUGGCUGACACCCUGACAGGCAUCACCCGUCAACAGACGGAAUUCCUCAAGUUCCACUCCGUUGCUAUGAUACGCCCUUGCCCUUGCUGGGGCGUCAGCACUGGAAUGGUGAUGGGCGUGGGCGCGGGCGUGGUGAUGAAGGUGGGCGUCAGCAUGAAGCAGUACACCCUCCCAGUCCACCCACACCUGCAUCAGCACACCCACACCUCCAUCAGCUCGCCCACUCCUCCAUCAGCCCUCCCACACCUCCAGCACCACGCCAACACGUCCAUCAGCACGCCCACACCUCCGUCAGCACGCCCACACCUGCAUGAGCACACCCACACCACCAGUACGCCCACAUCUCCAUCAGCAUACCCACACCUGCAUCAGCCCUCCCACACUUGCAUCAGCUCACCCACACCUCCAUCAGCCCUCCCACACCUCCAUCACCACGCCCACACGUCCAUUAGCACGCCCACACCUCCGUCAGCACGCCCACACCAGUACGCCCACAUCUUCAUCAGCACGCCCACACACCUGCAUCAUCACGCCCACACACAAGCAGGCAGCAUCACACGCCCACCUGCUGGUCACGAAUUCCAGGAAGUUGUCAGUUUAGAAGGCCCGGUCUCAGGCCGGGCCUCGGGGGCGAUGCCCACCAGGAAUCAUUACCAGAUACGAUAUUCACUGAAAACGUCAGUGUUUUGUAUAUUUGUGCCUCAGUAUCAGAAUGAAUACAAUAAAAAGAUUACUGUUAGUCUUGGGUACUCAUCUUUCCGUUCACAUUCAAGACCCCAGCAGCCGCAACCAGGGGUCUCAUUUGAUGUCGGUUGUCUUAGUUCCCAGUGGACUGUAACAGUGAUUAUGACCAGGGUUAACACUCGCCCUGACAACCUAUAUUCUCCAAUAUUCCAGUUCUUCUUAGAGAUUGUCGAGUACGACUCAAGUGCCACCAGCACCUCUGUUUACAGUCGGUUUUCUGCUGACAUAAUGUCUACGGGCAUAGGUGUCAUUUCUGACAACUUAAUUGAAUCAGAGAGUGUGGAUUCCUUGACUCAAAGGUGCAGGUUCUUGGGUAUACUGCCACUAGAUUCGACAUCUUCAAAACACCCUUGUUCCAUAACUGGUCUCCAGAUGUCAUGA